UAUGUAUGUGUGUGGCAAAUUGAUCUCUCCAUCGAGAGAGAGAGAGAGAGGGAGAGAGAGAGAGAUGGGAGAGAUAAGUUUCACAGAGAAGCAAGAAGCACUGGUGAAGGAGUCAUGGGAGAUACUGAAGCAAGACAUUCCCAAACACAGCCUUCACUUCUUCUCACAGAUACUAGAGAUAGCACCGGCAGCAAAGAACAUGUUCUCUUUUCUAAGAGACUCCGAUGAAAUCCCACAAAACAACCCCAAACUCAAGGCUCAUGCUGUUAAAGUCUUCAAGAUGACAUGUGAGUCGGCAAUACAACUAAGGGAGAAGGGAGAGGUGAUUGUGGCUGAUACAACCCUCGAGUAUCUGGGCUCUCUUCAUCUCAGCAACGGCGUUCUCCUUCCUCACUUUGAGGUGGUGAAGGAGGCAUUGCUGAGGACAGUGAAGGAAGGGGUCGGAGACAAACACACGGAGGAGAUGAGGGAGGCUUGGUCUCUAGCCUAUGACCACUUGGCUUCUGCCAUCGUCGCCCACAUGAAACCCGGCCCUUGAAACAUAGCCCAUUCAUUGUCCCAUAUCCACAUCUUCUACAUUUACAUAUACAUAUACAUGUACAUGUGUAUAUAUACAUGUUUGUAUGUGUAUGAAUAACUAUAAGCAUGUCAUGUGAUGUGUAUGUUGCUAUGUUGCUCUCUCAAGCUUCCUUCCUCUUUUGUCAUUGUGAUGUUGUGUUGAUUCUGUUUUAAUGAAUUUGCUGUUCAAUUGGAGA